AUGGAAAAUUACAAUUCUAAUGAGAGAAAUAGAGUCUCCAAUCAAACUUUGGAUGGUAGCAAUUUGAAUUUUUCAAAUCUCUCUAAUGGCAGUGAGGAAAAUGAAAUAGACUUAAAUGAAAGGAGCAAUUAUGCCAAAGGAGGUAUCUUCAUGUCUGGAUCUUCUCAUAUGGUGAGUGACCUUAGUACACACUUUCAUGGAGCUUCUCGCACUAUCAGUGACUUUCCAAGUGGUGUCACAAUUAGUGACCUCAUACCAUCCGAAAGUCCUUCAAAUAAUUCUAGAAGCUCUCUUCAAACGCAAAAUUUAUGGAAUGCUCCAACAGUUUCAUUUUCUCAGAGUACAAACUUUCGUAGACCUUCUCGUACUGUAAGUGAUUUUGUAGAUGGUCUCACAAAUACUAGUUCCAUACCAUCAGAAAACCUUUCAGACAAUGCUAGUAACUUUCGUCAAAUGCAAAAUUUAUGGCAUGCUCCAACGGCUUCAUUUUCUCAUAAUACACAAUUUCAUGGAGCUUCAAGUAUGGAUUUUGUGGAAAAUAGUACACAUCCAACAUUCUUUGAGCAAUAUACAAACUAUCAUGGUGGUAGUUCAUCUGCUUCAACACAUCAAUCUAAUGCUUUUACCCAGCCUUCAGGCGAUCCAGUGAGAUAUUUAAGAGAACAUGGAUUAUGGGACACAGGAAGAGAUAUCUAUUUCUUGAGAAAUAAUAUUGAUUCUCAAUCACUUUCCCAUGGUGGCAUUAUCACGGAGCCAGGUCACAGGGAUGAUCCUAUUGUUAUAGAGGAUGAUGAAGAAGAUGAACAUGGCGAUGCUCAACAUGAUGACAUUUUUUAUGAUGGGGAAAUGUCAUAUGAGGCGUUAUUGGAACUCCAAGAACAUAUAGGAGGCGUGGAAAUUGGAUUGAAGAAAAGUAAUAUUUCUAAACUUCUGAAGCAGAGCAAUAAGCAAAAGCAGUCCAUUGCUACUGAGAAUUUAAAGUCACAGGAUGAUGAAGAAGAUGAACAUGGUGAUGCUCAACAUGAUGACAUUUUUUAUGAUGGGGAAAUGUCAUAUGAGGAUACUUAUGAUGACGGGGCAGAACUAGGAAAAAUAAAUUGCGGACAUGAAUUUCAUUAUCAAUGCAUCAGAAGGUGGCUGAAGAGAAACAAUUCUGGUCCCAUUUGCAGAAGGAUUGCUUUGACUCCAUUUGAUAGAAAUCUUUGGUUCUCAUUUUAA